UCCACCGUCCCCUUGCGUUCCCCCUAUCUCCUCCCCCCAUGCACUCCUCUCCUCCUUGCCUCCAUCAUCAUCCUCAUCAUCAUCAUCAUCAUCAUCAUCAUCUCCUCCCAUCCUCUUGUGGAGUGCGACGUGCGGAGAGAAGCUCUGCCAUCCUGGAGCAACCUGCAGCAGCUGAGCAGUGAUGAUGGCCCCUUUGGUGCCGGCUUCCUGCUAGCGGAGGAGCGAGCGAAGGAGAGCAGUACGAGCGUCCAAGACACAGCCUCCGCUGGCACCGGCGACUCCAGUGAGAAAGACAGCGGGAAAGAGCGAGGGAACGUGAGAGAGCAAGAGAGAGAGUGCUCAGAGGAGAGGGAGAGAGAGAGAGGGGGAAACGGCUGAGAACAGUCGAUGGAUGCUGUCCGGAUUGAAGGGGCAGCACGUUCUUCACUGACGAGGAAGGGAACGAUUUCAAAAUUGAGUCGAAGGAUAGAAACUCGCCGUCAGGCAUGGUGUGUGAGAAGGGGAUCCAGAUCCUCCUCACCACCGUGGGGGCAUUCGCUGCCUUCGGCCUGAUGACGGUGGCCAUAGGGACGGACUAUUGGCUGUACUCCCGUGCCCUCAUCUGCAACAGCACAGCCAACGUCACCCAGGAUGACCCUCAUAACAAGGACAAGAAGGACCCGGGGGCGCUCACCCACUCUGGACUCUGGAGGAUAUGCUGCCUCGAAGGAGUAAAGCGAGGAGUGUGUUCUCAGAUCAACCACUUCCCCGAGGAUGCGGACUUUGACCAUGAUGGGGCCGAGUAUGUCCUACGUGUGGUGAGGGCUUCCAACAUCUUCCCCAUCCUCAGUGCCAUCCUGCUACUAUUAGGAGGCGUGUGCAUUGCUGCUAGCCGUUUCUAUCGGCGCAAACGGAACAUCAUCCUGGGAGCGGGGAUUCUGUUUGUGGCUGCAGGUCUGAGCAACAUCAUCGGCGUGAUUGUAUACAUCUCGGCGGCACUGGGCGACAUCUCUCCCAAGAAGGACGAGGACAAGAAGUGGCAGUACUCAUACGGUUGGUCCUUCUAUUUCGGCGGUCUGUCCUUUAUCAUGGCCGAAAUGGUGGGCGUGCUAGCGGUCAACAUCUACAUCGAGAAGAACAAGGAGCUGCGGUGCCGCUCUCGCACCGACAUCUUCAAGAGCACCACGCACGCCAUGCUGCGCCUUCCCAGCUACCGCUUCCGCCGCAGGUCCCGCUCUUCGUCGCGCUCCACCGACCCCUCCCGCUCCCGAGACCCUUCGCCGGUGGGGGGCGGCGUGGGGAAGAACUUCGGCCUGCCGCCGUCAGCGCUGCUCUCCCAGGGCCCCAUCUCGGUGUCCACGCUGCCCAACCCGCACUCGCGCUCCCACACGGCCCUGGCCGGAGGCGACAUCUCGCUCUACACGCUGUCCCGCGACCCCAAGCUGGGGGUUCUGCCGCCCAUGUACGGUACGGUGGAUCGCGCCACGCUCUACCAGCUCCACAACUGCUUUCCCAAGGAUGGCGUCGGGGGCGGCAGCGGCGGGGGCGUGAUGAUGAGCGGCACGCUGCCCUCACUCAAGUCCCACAACCCUUCCAACUCUUCCAACUCCAACGUGCCAAUGUCCAACUCAGUGGGCUCCGGACCGGCCGCCUUCACCUCGGACAGGGAGCGAGGGAUGGGCACUCUGGACAGGCUGAAGGGAGACAGAGAGAACAACUCCAACACCCUCAAUAGGAAGACCACACCUGUGUAAGGGGGGGCACGGAGUAGCGGUCGUGCAGUACAGCGGAAAUGUUAAUCUCUCCCUUCGCAACAACAAGAAGAGUACAGUAGUAUCAGAGCGAUAAUAACAACAACAAUGAACUCUCACAACAAAACUAUUUUGAUAUUUCCACAUGCUAGAAAUGAUUUAUUUUGUUAACGAUCAACAUGCAAACUAACCUCGGGCUACUAUGAAAAUUGUUACCUUGUGCAAUAUUACCACUAAUUUACCAGACCUGCGUUAGCGUCGAUUGUUGUUGUGAUUAUUCUUUGCGUUAUUACUAGGGAUGGGCAUAACAAACCAUUCGUGGCCAAUCUUGAAUCUUGAAUCGUGACUCGAAACAAGCGAGUCAAAAUGGCGAGCGCUGUGGCAACCCCUUUGAGCAUUUAUUCAAUAUACUUGAGAUGCAGUUUAAAGGUCCAUGUAUUACUAUCCUCUUUGUCCUCACGAGUAAGACAUUUCAGUGCGCUAGUAGAAUGCCUCUGUCUUACUUACUAAAGUAAAUUGCACUUACUUACUAAAUUGCACUACUAGUGCUACUUUUGGCCUCCUAGUAUGACCUUAAGCUAGAUAUCAAAAUAUCAGAUAAAUGCUUAACCCUGGGCAGAUUUCAUUGACAUGGCAACCCAAAAAGGCUAAAAUCUGAUUGGACAAAAUACACUACUGGGAGCAGUAUAGCCAACAGAAACACUAUGAAAUGAAGAGAAUAGAAUGGUAGAAAUAAAUGAAUAUCAUUUUUUGGAACAAAUGUUAGAAUGUGUUACUAAAAUGGACACCAAAAAAAAGCCAAAGAAAAAGCCAAAUAAUCAUAAGUCACAUGAGAUUUGUUGACGUCACGACUUUACUACCGUUGCGCAUCGUGGAUGAAGGAAACGUGUUGGAAUGGCCAUCCCUACUAGUUCCAACCUCGCUGCGUCGUCUGGAGUGAACUUUUCCUUGUUGCUGACUUUUACUGUGAUUUUUUUUAUUUUUGGGGGGACAAGCAACGUGUUACUGUAUCCAGCAUGAGUGUGCACAAAAUCUUUAAAGGAGUGAAUGAUUUCUUAUGACUCACCGGCCAACUCGUACGACAUUGAUUUUUUUUUUCUGAUAUGAAUACUGUAAAUUGUCUUCCAACAAUAGCGAUAAAAAAAGUGAUGCAACAAUAACGACUUGGUUUUGGCCUCUGUUCGUCUUCUUUCCAUUCUGAAAUCCGUGUUAACAGUACUUCUUGUAGCGCUAGUCGUAUUGGAGAUGUUUGUUCUUCGGGCAUUAAUGACAACCUCUCAUUUGAGAGGGGAGAAAACAUGAAAUAUGUACAGAACCAGGUUCAACGUGACUGCCUGAGUAAAAAAAAAAGGAAAAAAAAAAGGUUAAUAAAAAAUAAAACAAUCCUUUUUCUAUGAGUCCCAAAGUGACACUUCAUUUUCAGUGGCAAAAAAAAUAAAUAAAUCAUCAUGUAAAUGUGGGUUUUAGAGGGUCAUUUAAAAAAAUAAAAGAAAAAAAGAAAACUUGUACAUUGUAAUUUAUGCAUACAUAUAUUUGUAAAUUCUAUAAACAAAAAUGAGCUUUUGUUACUUGGACUCUUACUUGGUGGUUUACCUCAUUAGCCCCUCCGUGACCCUUUGACCUGCCCCCCGCCUUUCGUAAUCAUUGACGGUAAACUCCCCAAAGAUUUUCACUGUGCUUCCUCGCUCCUCUUCUCUUGAAUGAAGGUGAUGAGAAUGUAAGCAGCCCUACACACUCUUCUUCUCUUUUCUCUUCUCAAAGAUGCAACCACCAAACUUAAAAACAAAACAAAAAAAACAAAGGAAACGCUUCCAAAUUUUUUGAAUUUCUUUGGCGACGUUCUCGGGAAAAAAAACAUGAUAAAGAUGCACACAGAGAGCAUUUAUGUGGGCAAUAUGAAUCAUAUGUAGUAGAUAUAUAGAGACAAAUGAUUAUGGUUUAUCUAAAUGUGUGAUAAACUCAAACACUGUAUUGCACGAAGUUUAUAAAAAAAAUAUUGAA